UCCCCCCCUUCUCUCUCUUUCCGAGGGGGGGGGUCCCGGGGAGGGAGGGGGGUCCCCCGAUCAGCAUGUGGCUCCUGGCGCUGUGUCUGGUGGGGCUGGCGGGGGCUCAACGGGGAGGAGGGGGUCCUGGCAGCGGCCCGGGCCUGGGCCUCGGCAGCCUCGGGGAGGAGCGCUUCCCAGUGGUGAACACUGCCUACGGGCAAGUGCGCGGUGUGCGGCGCGAGCUCAACAACGAGAUCCUGGGCCCCGUCGUGCAGUUCUUGGGUGUGCCCUACGCCACUCCACCCCUGGGCGCCCGCCGUUUCCAGCCGCCUGAGGCCCCCGCCUCGUGGCCCGGCGUGCGCAACGCCACCACCCUGCCGCCCGCCUGCCCGCAGAACCUGCACGGGGCGCUGCCCGCCAUCAUGCUGCCUGUGUGGUUUACGGACAACUUGGAGGCGGCCGCCACCUAUGUGCAGAACCAGAGCGAGGACUGCCUGUACCUCAACCUCUACGUGCCCACUGAGGAUGGUCCGCUCACAAAAAAACGUGACGAGGCGACGCUCAAUCCGCCAGACACAGACAUCCGGGACUCAGGGAAGAAGCCUGUGAUGCUGUUCCUGCAUGGCGGCUCCUACAUGGAGGGCACUGGGAACAUGUUCGAUGGCUCCGUCCUGGCUGCCUAUGGCAACGUCAUCGUGGCCACGCUCAACUACAGGCUUGGGGUGCUCGGUUUUCUCAGCACCGGGGACCAGGCAGCAAAAGGCAACUACGGACUGCUGGACCAGAUCCAGGCCCUGCGCUGGCUCAGUGAAAACAUAGCCCACUUUGGAGGCGACCCCGAGCGCAUCACCAUCUUUGGGUCCGGGGCUGGCGCCUCCUGUGUCAACCUUCUGAUCCUCUCCCAUCACUCAGAAGGACUGUUCCAGAAGGCCAUCGCCCAGAGUGGUACUGCCAUCUCCAGCUGGUCUGUCAACUAUCAACCGCUCAAGUAUACACGGCUGCUGGCGGCCAAGGUGGGCUGUGACCGGGAGGACAGCGCUGAAGCUGUGGAGUGUCUGCGCAGGAAGCCCUCUCGAGAGCUGGUGGACCAGGAUGUACAGCCCGCCCGCUACCACAUCGCCUUUGGUCCCGUGGUGGAUGGUGACGUUGUCCCAGAUGACCCUGAGAUCCUCAUGCAGCAAGGAGAAUUCCUCAACUACGAUAUGCUCAUUGGUGUCAACCAGGGUGAGGGCCUCAAGUUUGUAGAAGACUCUGCAGAGAGUGAGGAUGGCGUAUCAGCCAGCGCCUUCGACUUCACCGUCUCUAACUUUGUGGACAACCUGUACGGCUACCCCGAGGGCAAGGAUGUGCUUCGGGAGACCAUCAAGUUUAUGUACACAGACUGGGCUGACCGGGACAAUGGGGAGAUGCGCCGGAAGACCCUGCUGGCUCUCUUUACAGACCACCAGUGGGUGGCUCCAGCAGUGGCCACCGCCAAGCUUCACGCUGACUACCAGUCCCCCGUCUACUUUUACACCUUCUACCACCACUGCCAGGCUGAGGGCCGGCCAGAGUGGGCAGACGCCGCUCACGGGGACGAGCUACCCUAUGUCUUCGGUGUGCCUAUGGUGGGCGCCACUGACCUCUUCCCCUGCAACUUCUCCAAGAAUGACGUCAUGCUCAGCGCGGUGGUCAUGACCUACUGGACCAACUUUGCCAAGACUGGCGACCCCAACCAGCCUGUGCCACAGGACACCAAGUUCAUCCACACCAAACCCAACCGCUUUGAGGAAGUGGUGUGGAGCAAGUUCAACAGCAAGGAGAAGCAGUAUCUGCACAUCGGCCUGAAGCCCCGCGUGCGAGACAACUACCGAGCCAACAAGGUGGCCUUCUGGCUGGAGCUGGUGCCGCACCUGCACAACCUGCACACGGAGCUCUUCACCACUACCACGCGCCUGCCUCCCUACGCCACGCGCUGGCCGCCUCGGCCGCCAGCCCCAGGCACCCGCCGGCCACCGCCACCCGCCACCCUGCCCCCCGAGCCCGAGCUCGAGCCGGGACCCCGCACCUAUGACCGGUUCCCUGGGGACUCGCGGGACUACUCCACGGAGCUCAGCGUCACGGUGGCUGUAGGAGCCUCUCUCCUCUUCCUCAACAUCCUGGCCUUCGCUGCCCUCUACUACAAGCGGGACCGGCGACAGGAGCUGCGGUGCCGGCGGCUCAGCCCACCGGGCGGCUCAGGCUCCGGGGUGCCCGGCGGAGGCCCCCUGCUCCCCGCCGCAGGCCGCGAGCUACCCCCAGAGGAGGAGCUGGUGUCACUGCAGCUGAAACGGGGAGGUGGCGUCGGGGCGGACCCUACCGAGGGCCUGCGCCCCGCCUGCCCACCCGACUAUACCCUGGCCCUGCGCCGGGCACCAGACGAUGUGCCUCUCCUAGCCCCGGGGGCCCUAACCCUGCUGCCCAGUGGGUUGGGGCCACCGCCGCCUCCCCCACCCCCGUCUCUGCACCCUUUUGGGCCCUUCCCUCCGCCCCCUGCCACCGCUACCAGCCACAACAACACGCUACCGCACCCUCACUCCACCACCCGGGUAUAGGGGGCAGCUUGGGGAGGCCCACCUCCCCAGCCCUUGCCACCUGGGCGGGAAGCACCGCCUAAGGUGGGAAGGAGGACUCUGCUCCUGCGGCCUCUUGCAUGAGGAGCAUUAAGAUGGACAUGGGUUUCCUCCCAGGGAUGCGUGCUUUUCCCACACAGAGAAGCCCACCCUCUUCUCUAGGCCUGGGCCUUUGGACAAC